AUGAGUACUCCAUUUGGUUUAGAUUUAGGUAACAACAACUCUGUGUUGGCUGUUGCCAGAAACAGAGGUAUUGAUAUUGUGGUCAAUGAAGUUUCUAACCGUUCUACACCAUCUUUGGUUGGUUUCGGUCAAAAGAACAGAUUUUUGGGUGAAGCUGGUAAGACUAAGCAAGCUUCUAAUGUGAAAAACACUGUGGACAAUUUGAAGAGAAUUGUUGGUCUAGGUUACUCUGAUGCAGAAUUCAACGAGGAGUCCAAGUACUUCACCAUCAAGUUGGUUAAGUUGGAUGACGGUAAAGUUGGUGCUCAAGUGAAAUUGGGUGGUGAGACUAAGGUUUUCUCCGGUACCCAAUUGGCUGGUAUGUUCAUCGACAAGGUUAAGAACACUGUUAUCGAUGAGACCAAAGCCGUUGUUACCGAUGUGUGUUUGGCUGUUCCAUGCUGGUACACUGAAGAGCAACGUUACAACAUUGCUGAUGCUGCUAGAAUCGCUGGUUUGAACCCUGUCAGAGUUGUCAACGACGUCACUGCUGCUGCUGUUUCUUACGGUGUCUUCAAGACUGACUUACCAGAAAGUGAAGAGAAGCCAAGACAUGUUGCUUUCGUCGACAUUGGUCACUCCACUUACACUUGUUCUAUCAUUGCUUUCAAGAAGGGUGAAGCAAAGGUCUUGGCUACCGCUUACGACAAGCACUUUGGUGGUAGAAACUUUGAUCGUGCUAUCACUGAACACUUUGCCGAUGAGUUCAAGACCAAGUACAAGAUCGACAUUAGAGAGAAUGCCAAGGCUUACAACAGGGUCUUGACUGCUGCUGAGAGAUUAAAGAAAGUCUUGUCUGCAAACUCUGCCGCUCCAUUCUCUGUUGAGUCUGUUAUGAAUGAUAUUGACUGCUCUUCCCAAUUGACUCGUGACGAAUUGGAAGAAUUGGUUGCUCCUUUGUUGAAACGUGUCACUGAGCCAAUCACCAAAGCUUUGGCUCAGGCCAAGUUGACCACCGAAGAUGUCGAUUUCGUUGAAAUUAUCGGUGGUACUACCCGUAUCCCAAGUUUGAAGAACUCUAUCUCUGAGGCAUUCGGCAAGCCUUUGUCUACCACUAUGAACCAAGACGAGACCAUCGCUAAGGGUGCUGCUUUCAUCUGUGCUAUCCACUCUCCAACUUUGAGAGUUAGACCUUUCAAAUUCGAAGACGUUCAUCUAUACUCUGUCUCUUACUACUGGGACCAACAAGUCGAAGAUGAAAACCAUUUGGAAGUCUUCCCAGCUGGUUCUUCUUUCCCAUCUACCAAAUUGAUCACUCUGCACCGUACUGGUGACUUCACCAUGGAGGCUAAGUACACCAACAAGGAAGAGCUGCCAGAAAGCACUCCUGUUGAAAUUGCCAAGUGGGAAAUCACUGGUGUUCAAGUUCCAGAGGGUGAAACUUCUGUGCCUGUCAAGUUAAAGUUGAGAUGUGACCCAUCUGGUUUGCACAUCAUCGAAGAGGCUUACACUUUGGAAGACAUCGUCGUCAAGGAGGAAGUUCCCCUACCAGAAGAUGCUCCACAAGACGCUGAACCAGAAUACAAGGAAGUCACCAAGACCGUCAAGAAGGAUACUUUGACUAUCACUGCUCACACUUACGCAUUGUCUGCUAAGCAAUUGAACAAUUACAUAGAGCAAGAAAACGAAAUGCGUGCUCAAGAUAAAUUGGUCGCUGAGACCGAAGAUCGUAAGAACGCUUUGGAAGAAUACAUCUACACUCUACGUGGUAAGCUUGAUGAAGAAUACUCUGACUUUGCUUCUGACGCUGAAAAGAAGAAGUUGACCGGCAUGUUGGCUAAGGCUGAAGACUGGCUAUACGAUGAAGGCUACGACUCCACCAAAGGUAAAUAUAUUGCCAAGUACGAAGAACUUGCUUCCUUGGGUAACAUGAUCAGAGGUAGAUAUUUGGCCAAGGAGGAAGAGAAGAAGCAAGCUGUAAGAGCUAAGAGCGAAGCUUCCAAGAUGGCUGAACUAUCAGAGAAGCUUGCCGCUCAAAGAAAGGCCCAGGCUGAAUCUAAAAAGGAUGCUGAAGGUGAUGUCGAAUUGGAUUAA